UGGGAGAGAAACAUGGCUGCGCCCAUGCUGCUGCCAGGCUUGGGCAGGCUGUUGGAGAUGCCCGCAGCGCUGGGGCGCUUGAGCCGAGCUUACAGCAAGCCCCACGCCUUCUCUGAGGUUCUACAGCUGCCAAAACCGCAACUGACGAAGCUCGUGUUCCCACUGCAGGAACUCCAGCGGUAUCUCCUCCCGGACUCCGAGCCGGACCUUCUUCAGCUGCGGAUCUUCGACCCGAGCCUGGAGGAUGUCGCGAGAGCCGAGAGCUUCUUCACGGCCACCGCCCGAAACCGCAUCGAGUACCGCAGUUCUGCGGUGCGUCUGGACCACGCCCCGGACCUCCUCCGCCCCGAGGUAUGUUUUAUAGGCAGAAGCAAUGUUGGGAAAUCCUCUCUAAUAAAGGCUUUGUUUUCAUUGGCUCCAGAGGUUGAAGUCAGAGUCUCUAAAACCCCGGGACACACAAAGAAAAUGAAUUUUUUCAAAGUUGGAAAAUAUUUUACAUUGGUGGACAUGCCAGGUUAUGGCUAUAGAGCACCUGAAGAUUUUGUUGAUAUGGUAGAGACCUAUCUAAAAGAACGAAAGAAUUUGAUGAGAACAUUUUUGUUAGUGGAUAGUGUUGUCGGAAUUCAAAAAGCAGACAAUAUUGCCAUAGAAAUGUGUGAAGAGUUUGCAUUACCUUAUGUGAUGGUAUUAACAAAAAUUGACAAGCCUUCCAAGGGUCAUCUUUUAAAACAAGUGCUUCAGAUCCAGAAGUUUGUUGACACUAAAACCCAAGGAUGUUUUCCUCAGUUGUUUCCUGUAAGUGCUGUGACCUAUUCUGGAAUCCAUCUGUUGAGGUGCUUUAUAGCAAAUAUAACAGGAAAUCUUAAGACUAAUUAACGGCAUCUAGUUUAGCUGAAGACUCAACAUUUUUUAUGCCAGCUGGAGUAAAACACCUAGCAUUUCAACAUUGUUUUAAAUGUUGUGUAUCUGUAAUUGCAGAGGAUCAGUUCAGCUUUAAAACCUAUAUCUUCCCAAAGCAAGAAUGAAUUUGUGCCUAGGGGGAAAAAGGUUUAUAAAUUAUUAAAUUAUGCCAUUUAUUAGAACAGAUACUAGCAGUUUUUCCUAUAUUUUAACAAACUGACAAACCAGCAGCAUAUAGAAGUCCAUAAAGGUGAAAACCUGUUUACUGCUGUGUAGAGAAGAAUUUGGCAUGUUAUUUAUUGGGCUUUGCCUUUUAAGGAAAAUGUCUUUUAUGUAUAUAUUUUAAAUAUUAAAAGAGAAGAUAAAAAAGGAGUUACUUUUCUGCUAAGCACUGAUAGGCAGGUUGAAGAUAAAUGCUCCUAUGUAUGGCUAUAAUUUAUCUUUUUUCUGAGUCCUUGUUUGAAUAUUUGAAAAAACAAAACACUAUUCUUGAUAAAAUUUCAGUUGGUCCACGCUGGAAACACCAAUAAAUUCAGGCUGGAAUCAGUUACCUUCAGGUAAACAUGGGAUUCAAAAUCAGAAGAGUAGAAUUCAAGUUCCAGUUCUAUUAUUUUUUAUAUGUUGGACCUUGUGCUAAUUACUUGAUUUUGAGCUUCAUUUGUAACUUUAACCCCACAAGCUAUGAAGAUUAAUGUGGUAUAUUAUAUGGAAAAAGGACAUCUGCAUACUAUGCAUAUUUGUAAAGGGAAACCAACCCCAGAAUACAGUAAAACACACAGGCAGGUUUAUCAGAUAUCUCGUCAUGGAGGAAGUAACAUUUUCUCUAGUGAAAGACAAAAAAUAAGAAAACUCUUUUAAACUGGUUUACAGAGGAUGAGAACAAAGUCAGUAGGACUGUUUAGAAACAGUACAUUAAGAUUCAGAAUGGAAAGAUAAAGCCUUACUUUGAACUAGAGUUAA